AUGGACAGAACUGAAUAUCCAUGGGGUUACAGAUGGCGCUCGUCCUCAGCCUUCAUCAUCUCCACCUGCAUUCUCGCACUCUUUACCGAAACCUUUCUGUACAGCUUUAUCGUUCCAAUCGUGAGUUAUAUGAUUGAGAGUCGACUUCACUUACCAUCAUCCCGAACACAAAGAUACACCACAGCCCUUCUCACAACCCAUGGAUUCUUCUCGAUUCUCUCUCCGCCGAUUGUUGCGCAUUUCGCAGACAAAACGCCCGAUCGCAAGGUACCAUUGAUUCUUUGUCUAGUGUUUUGCACUAUAGGGACAUGUCUAGUAGCCUUCACUCCAUCAGUAUGGGCGCUGUUCCUCGGGCGAAUCCUUCAGUCGAUCGCAGGUUCUGCAGGUUGGAUCGUCGCCUUCUCCACACUGUCAGACAAUAUUGCACAAGAACAUAUGGGAAAAACAAUGGGGCUGGCGAUGUCGUUUGUUUCAGCUGGCAUAAUGUCUGGGCCGACAGUUUCAGGAGCAUUGGUGGAAAUCGCGGGAUACUGGGCUGCCUGGGCCGUACCUUUCUGUUUGCUUUCCAUUGAUCUUGCAGCUCGACUCAUCAUGCUUGAAAGACCGCGUGUUGGAAAACAAAAAGAUCGGUCCAUAGCCCAACAGCAAGAUGAGGCGCCACUCCUGCCUUCGGAGCCUAGUACUGUGGGUUCGGAGAUGGCCAAUUCGCGUGGGUUCUACUGCAUUAUACUGAGCGAUGGCCGCGCAGUUGUAGGCCUCCUUAACACAUUUCUCUUCUCCGCCAUGCUCUCUGCCUUUGACAGCACAUUGCCGCUUCAUCUUCGCGACGUUUUCAAUUGGGGAAGUCUCCAGGCUGGGUUGGUUUUCCUGACAAUUCAGCUCCCAGGCCCUUUUUUAAGUCCUUUGGUCGGCUGGCUACGGGACAGAGUUGGAAUACGGUAUCCGACAACAGUGGGGUGGAUUGUAGUCUCAUUACUACUUUGGACAUUAACAAUACCUGGAAAAAGAGGAUUCGAAUGGGCGAGUCCUGAUUGGGCAGGCAAACAAAUGUUCGUUGCAACAACAAUCGGAUUUGGUAUGACAAUUCCGUUUGUUCGCGGAGUGGCGUUACUUCAAUUGAUGAGUGAGUAUAUUGUGAGCCCGGAGAUUAGUGCAAAGAAUCCUUCCAUAUUUGGCCCUCAUGGAGCAACGUCGAAGGUGUUUUCCAGUGUUGAGAUUGCAUUUAAUGUUGGAACAACAGUCGGGCCUCUGGCGGCUGGCUCAUUAACAGAAGCGCUUGGGUUCACUUAUACCAACUCUAUACUUGCAACCGUCGCCCUCAGCGUUGGUGUAUUCUCCUUUACCUUCUUCGAUCACAAACCUUCAGCCGGCGAAGGAGACCCCAAUCAGAAAGACCCGGUCUAA